AUGAGGCUUAAACCACCAUACGGAGAAAAGGAGGCUGCAUGGUUGUGCAGAGACAUUUGUCACGGAGGCAAGUCCAUCUCUAGGUCCAUCAGAUGUGGCUCCAUAUUUCAAGGAUCACAUGUUAAACUGUCAAUAUGGAUGCAUUUCAUUUUCAGAUUUGCCCAAGGCCUUCACCUUCGACAAAUAGACAUGCUGCAGGAAGGGAUUACUGGGAGCUCUGCAAGUCUGACCAAACUUGCACAUGUAUUGCGCAAAGUUUGUAAAGCGGCUGUGCAAAGGAUGAGAAGAAGAGGAAAACAGAUUGUAGGAAGAAGAGGAGAGAUUGUUCUCAUUGACGAAAGCAAAUUCGGACAUAAAAGAAAGUACAACAGAGGUCGAACAAGUAGCCGGAAUUCCUGGCUCUUAAUUAAUUAG